AUGUCUGCAAUCAAUGGACUUGCAAUUUCAUUUGGGAAUCAUCAAGAGCUACCAGAUCCUCAUGUGUCUGUCUUUCUUGGUGGAGAUGCGAAGUUACUUGAGCUAGAAAAGCUUGUUCUUCCUCUUUACUUGAGCGUAUAUCUUCGGGAUUGUUCGAAUCCUUCUGAUCUAAAUCGAUCUAGGGCUCAAGAAAUGUUUGACCGAGGAAUGUAUGCUGGCCUGGUUGGUUGGUUUGGAGGAGGAGAAAGUGAGUUUGUUGUUGGAAUAAGGUCAGCCUUGGUGGGAAGGGGACUUGUUGCAUUAAUUUAUGCUGGAACUGGUAUAGUUGAAGGAAGUAAUUCAUCUUUAGAAUGGGAGGAACUGGAGCUGAAGACAUCUCAGUUUACCAAGUUGAUGAAACUUGAGGUGCCUCUUUUGAUACCAAGAAGGGGUGAUGUCACAAUUAUUAUUAUCAAGAGAGGGAUUAUCGUAUCUAACUUCCUCCCUUUCUCUCUCUCUUGGUGAAAUGUGUUGAGGUU